AUGGAGCACGUUGCGUUGAUUGCCCUCACAGCCUUUACAACAUUCUGCUUCCUUCUCAUUGCUUAUUAUACUCUGUAUCCAACUGAUCCGCAGAUAAUACCCUCCCCCCUCCACAUUAGUCGUUCUCUCCCCGAAGAGGAAAUUAAAAACCUACCUUACCAGCCUGACUUCUUUCCGGGUGCCCGCGACGUUGAAACCGAAUACGGCUCCAUCCGCGUCUACGAAUGGGGACCGGAGACAGGGCCAAAAGUCGUUCUGAUACAUGGCAUGUCCACUUGUGCAAUGACACUGGGUCCUAUAGCUAAAGCUCUAGUCUCCCGCGGUUGUCGGGUUUUGCUAUUCGACCUCUUUGGUCGGGGGUUUUCAGAUGGCGUCGGCGACCUGCCUUACGACAUUCGCCUUUACACAACUCAGGUUCUACUCGUGCUGGCUUCUUCUCCACUCUCAUGGACAGGUUCAAACUCAUUAAGAUUAAUUGGCUAUUCACUCGGUGGAGCCAUCGCUGCCUCUUUUGCCGUCGACUUUCCUCACAUGGUUUCGAGCCUGAUUCUGCUCGCUCCAGCUGGACUCAUCCGCUCAACCGAUCUAGGCUUGACCUUCUGGUUCCUGUUCAAGUCAGGUCUUGUACCGAAGCGUGUAUUGCAUGCCUUAAUGCGUGUUCAAUUGCAAAGCACUACGAACAGCGGUGGGGUAAAAGAGCAACAUAGCUCACCUCAGGAGACUGAUAAGAUUCCUACCGAUCUCUGGACAGCUAGUUCAAGCGUCAACAAGCUGUCACUUCAAGAGCAGGUGUCUGCGUAUAUGCCAUGGAUAGUAGCGCAUCACCGCGGUUUCGUCCCCGCCUUUACAUCCUGUGCGCGAUUCUCGCCCUUGACGGAUCAGCAUCGGGUCUGGCGGGCGUUAGGGAAGCGAAAGGUGGGCAGCACAGCUGUAAUAAUUGGUGAUGCAGACGAGGUUAUCAACACUACGUGGUACGAAAAGAAUGGGCUGCCACUACUCGGAGGCCAGGAGCGCGUAAUGUGGAAGGUCUUGCCUGGCAGCCACGACUUCGUGAUGACCGCGCCGGAGCUAAUCAUGCGUGAGAUCGAUAUUCUUUGGGGGUUGCAUGCGUAG